CUGAAAGACUGUCAAGUACAAUUAAUAUUUAUGUCGACAAACGAGUUAAUUUUAUAUACGAACGUCCUCUCUCCUUAUUCUAGAACUGUCAUGGGUGUGCUAGCUUUGUUGGAGAUAGAGUAUAAGGAGCAUAUCAUCAAUCCGUUCAAAGGAGAGCAGAAGACUGAGUGGUAUAAGAAAAUCAACCCUAAGAUGAAGAUACCGGCAAUUAAGGAUGGAGAUCAUUGCAUGGGAGAGUCAAUUGACAUUUGUAAGUAUCUUGUGGAAACCAGGAAGCUGAAGACUCCUGUCUGGCCUGUGGACGAUCAGGAGAAGACUGAUCAGAUGGAAAAGGAUCUGGCCAAGAUAGAUGAGCUGGGCGCAGCUACUGGAGAUGUUGCUUUCAAAUGCUUCUUCGCUAAAGCACUAGGACAGAAGCUACCUCCUCCAAACGAAAAGAAAAAGUAUUUGGAUGUCCUUUACAGAGUGUAUGAUGGAUUAGAAGCUACUCUUAAGCAAAGAAGGACUCAGUUCUUCAACUCUGAUGACCAUCCUGGGCUCCAAGACUACCAAUGCUACAAUUUGUUCAGGCAAGUUAUUGACAUAGGCUUGGCUAAGCUCGACAAGCACCCUCUUCUUCAGCAGUGGGUGACUGCUUGUGGUAAAGUCCCAAGCAUCGCAGCUGUGAACGUGAAGCUGAACAAGGAAAUGAAGAAAGUGAAGUUUUUAAUGAAAUGGGUGUUGCCUAUAAUGAGAUGCCUCACUUGUAAAUGUUGCUGCUAA